CGCGUCUCAACUCCUCGGGCUGUUCCUCUCGUACCCUUAUGGUCCUCUGUUCCUCUGGUCUUCAUUGUCCUCCCUUCUCCAUCUUGCUCCCUGCCCUUCCCUCAACCUCCCUUGACACGACGCCAACGCGGCUGCCACCACCAUCAUGGGCAUCCUCACCCUCAGGGAGGACAGGCCGACGCCAAAGGCCGUCUACAAUUGGAGGGUCUAUGGGUGUUCGAUGGUAGCCUCUUUCGCAGCAUGCAUGAUUGGCUAUGACAGUGCCUUUAUCGGCACCACCCUCGCCCUGCCCUCGUUCGUCUCCGAGUUCCGCAUCGACACCAUGACCCCUGAUCAGAAGGCUGCCAUGUCCUCCACCGUGGUCUCCGUCUACCAGGCUGGCGCCAUUGUUGGCAGCUUGUCCGCCUAUACCUCGACCUACUUCAUCGGCCGCAAAAAGUCCCUCUUGCUCUACUCUCUCAUCUUCAUGCUCGGCGCGGGCAUGAUGUUGGGUGCCAACGGUCAGCGGGGCCUAGGUCUCAUCAUUGGUGGUCGUGUCCUUGCCGGCAUUGCUGUCGGGGCCUGCUCCAUGGUCGUCCCCAUCUACAUUUCUGAGCUUUCUCCACCCGCCAUUCGUGGCCGACUUGUCGGCAUUUACGAACUCGGCUGGCAGAUGGGCGGCCUUGUCGGGUUCUGGAUCAACUAUGGUGUCAACACCACCAUGGCUCCAAGCCACGCCCAGUGGCUCAUCCCGUUUGCCGUUCAGCUGAUCCCGGGCGGUCUCCUGCUCCUGGGUUGUCUCUUCAUCAAGGAGUCUCCGCGCUGGCUCUUCUCCAAGAACAAGCGCGAGCAAGCCAUGAAGAAUCUGUGCUGGAUCCGCAAUCUAGAGCCCUCUGACCUCUACAUUGUCGAGGAGGUCGCUGCUAUUGAGGAGGAGCUUGAAACGUACCGGCGCGAGGUCGGCGCGGGCUUCUUCAAGCCGUUCACCGCACUGAAGCAGCCCCAGGUCCGCUGGCGGUUCUUCCUGGGCAGCAUGCUCUUCCUCUGGCAGAACGGCAGUGGCAUCAACGCCAUCAACUACUACAGCCCGACCGUGUUCCGCAGCUUGGGAAUCACUGGUGUCAACACUGGCUUCCUCACCACUGGCAUCUUCGGUGUCAUCAAGACCGUCCUCACCUUUGUGUGGCUGCUGUGGCUCGUCGACCACCUCGGUCGUCGCAAGCUCCUCAUGAUCGGUGCCAUAGGUGGUUCGAUCUGCAUGUGGUACCUCGGUGCUUACAUUGCCAUCGCUCAACCCCAGAACAACACCUCCGGCAACCUUUCUGGAGCUGGCAUCUCUGCUAUUGUCAUCUUCUACAUUUGGACAGCCUUUUACAGCCCUAGCUGGAACGGGACGCCCUGGGUUUUAAACAGUGAAAUGUUUGAUGCUAAUACAAGAUCUCUUGGACAAGCCUCUGCUGCUGCCUCUAACUGGCUCUACAACCUGGCCAUCAGCCUGGCCACCCCGUACAUGUUCCUACGCAUGCAAUACGGCGUCUACUUCUUCUUCGCCUCGCUCAUGAUCCUCUCUGUCGUCUUCGUCUUCUAUCUCGUCCCUGAGACCAAGACAGUCCCGCUCGAGGCCAUGGACCGGCUCUUUGCCAUCAGGCCCAUCCGCAACGCCAACAAGAUUGUCAUGGACGAGCUGCGUGAGCGCGACCAGGAGUUCCGCGCCAAUGCUGAUGGUGCGGGGCUCACCAACAUCAAGGAGAAGACCGACCAUGUCGAGUCUGCAUAAGGGCCUGUGCGCAUAUGCAGGCUGGGAAGAGCAUUCCUUGAGUUUGGUGUGGUUGGACGACGUCAUGUUCCGUUGUGAGGCUCGUCUGGAGUCAUGUGGUGACUGGUGUGCUAGAUGUUAGAUGUAUCACUUUGGUACACGUAGAUUAACACCUGAACAUGUCUGUGUUACUAGACCAUACACUGUGAACUUGCACCUUAA